AUGGCCGCGCCGGUGGAGGCCCUGUUUGUUGAGGGCCGAGCACAGAGGGUUAUUACGACGAGCAUCGACACCGACUUCCCGGACCCUGCCCUCAUCCAAGGCGACGACGGCAUGUGGUACUCCUUCGCGACAAACAGCAACGGCAAGAACAUCCAAGUGGCCAGAGCAUCGGACAUCGCGGGGACGUGGGACUUGCUCGACACAGACGCGCUUCCGCAAGUCGGCUGGGCCUCGGGCUCCAACACGUGGGCGCCCGACGUGCGGAAGCUGGACAACGGGUCCUUCAUCAUGUACUACUCGGGUGAGGUCAAGGGCGCCGGCGGAAAGCACUGCAUCGGCGUGGGGAUUUCCAAGAACAUCACCGGCCCGUACGUGGCGACGGAUGAGCCGUGGGUGUGUCCGCUGUCGCAGGGCGGGGCCAUCGACGCCUCGGGCUUCUACGACGAGCCGACCAAGAAGCAUUACGUGCUCUACAAGGUGGACGGCAACAACAUCGGCCACGGCGGCGACUGCAACAACGGCAUCCCGCCGCUCGUCGACACGCCCAUCAUGAUGCAGGAGGUCGAGGCGGACGGGGCCACCAUGGUCGGGGAUCCGGUGCAGGUCCUCGGGAGGACGGACGCCGACGGCCCGCUCGUGGAGGCGCCGAACCUCGUGCGCACCAGCGACGGGCUGUACAUCCUCUUCUUCAGCAGCUUCUGCUUCAACUCGGACAAGUACAACGUCAACUACGCGACGAGCAAGAGCCUCAAGGGCCCCUACCAGCGCGCGCCGCGGAUGCUGCUCCAGACGGGCGACUUCAACCUCACGGCGCCCGGCGGUGCCACGAGUAAGGUCGGGGGCGGCCAGAUGGUGUUUCACGCCCUCUGUCCCGGGGCCGCGCCGUCGCGGUGCAUGUUCCAGACGGUUUACUCGGUCACCGGCACGGACGUGAUCGUCAGCUGA